CCCCGUGCACACGCCAGGCGAAGUCUCCUGGUUUUUCCCGUGGCUUUCCCAGUGACAGCUGCAGAGCUCCAUUCCCUGCGCUGUCGGAGACAGGCAGGAAGCAAAGUUUGUCAGGAGCCUCGGGGGUGACUUUGCCUCGGGGACCCGCAUUUGUGCGUGUGCGAGGUGCCUCGGUGUGCGCGGAGCUAGUUUCCCAGUUUCCCGGGGCUCGCGAGCCCCUCUCGUCCCCGAAACCCUCCAUCGGUUUGUGUAAGGAAAGUAAUGACCUAAACUAGUAGCGGGGCAUCGCAGGCGCCUGUUCCCCCGCCCCUGGGGAAGGAGGGGAGCCCGGGAGAGCUUGUCAGUGCUAGCUGGUAGCAGGCUCCCGGGCUCCGCACCCCUAAAGCCCGAAAGGCAGGCUCUGGGGGCAGGGCGCGGGGUAGGGGACAGGGGCUCGGGAGCUGCUUGAAUGCUGCCCUGUGACGGCCGAGAUGAGGGAACAGCCCUUAUUUGCCUGGCUCUGAUCCUUCAUGCUGUGGUGGUUGUGGAAUGCAAAAACCAGGACAUGAUGGAAACAGGACUUGCAGAUCCUUUCAGAAUGCCAGAGGAAAGUUCUCCCAGGCAGACCCCGCAGAGCGUUCCAUACCAGGACCUGCCUCACCUGGUCAAUGCCGACGGACAGUACCUCUUCUGCAGGUACUGGAAACCGACGGGCACACCCAAGGCCCUCAUCUUUGUGUCCCAUGGAGCCGGGGAGCACUGUGGCCGCUAUGACGAGCUGGCUCAGAUGCUGGUGGGGCUGGGACUGCUGGUGUUCGCCCACGACCAUGUUGGCCACGGACAGAGCGAAGGAGAGAGAAUGGUAGUGUCUGACUUCCAAGUUUUCAUCAGGGACGUGUUACAGCACGUGGAUACCAUGCAGAAAAACUACCCAGGGCUUCCUGUCUUCCUUCUGGGCCACUCCAUGGGAGGUGCCAUCACCAUCCUCACGGCCGUGGAGAGGCCAAGCCACUUCUCCGGCAUGGUCCUCAUUUCACCUUUGGUUCUUGCCAGUCCUGAGUCUGCAACAACUUUCAAGGUCUUUGCUGCGAAAGUUCUCAACCUUGUCCUGCCAAACAUGUCCCUGGGCCCAAUUGACUCCAGCAUGCUCUCCCGGAAUAAGACGGAGGUGGACCUUUAUAACUCGGACCCGCUCAACUGCCGGGCAGGUCUGAAGGUGUGCUUCGUCAUCCAGCUGCUCAACGCCAUCGCGCGGGUGGAGCGGGCCCUCCCCAAGCUGACCUUGCCCUUCCUGCUGCUCCAGGGCUCUGCCGACGGCCUUUGUGACAGCAAAGGGGCCUACCUGCUCAUGGAGUCCGCCAAGAGUCAGGACAAGACACUUAAGAUUUACGAAGGUGCCUACCACGUUCUCCACAAAGAGCUUCCUGAAGUAACCAACUCCGUCUUCCAUGAAAUAAACCUGUGGGUCUCCCAAAGGACAGGGGCGGCGGGAACAGGGUCCCCCCCCUGAGCGCACCGGCUUCGUGGCCGGCCCACGGUCGGGGAAAUGGGCAGAGGACGGGCGGAAGCUGGCUUCUCACAUGUGGCUUGCCAGGGGGAGGGGGGAGGAAAUCACAAAUUGGAGGAAUCCCUAGCACAAU